AAAAAUGUUUGUUUCGUUAUAUACACUAAAAAUCUGGUUUCAACUGGGCUGUUCACUGGGCUUAUUUAUUCCUGUGUUGAAUUAAUGUUUCAAUUUAUUUAUACUUUUAAGAAGAUUUCGCCCAAAAUGAAUAGUUGUUCACAGCCGCACCCGUUUCUCCGAGCCCCUCUAACGUUACAUCUUCUUCUCGGCCCCUCCCCUUAGCAACAGAGCCAACAUGGCGGCGUCCAGUAACGCUGAGCUCUCUCCAGAGAUAACGACACCAUUAAAGAUACCGAAAACCGAAGUGCCAUCUCCCGAGUCAGAGGACUUGAGUGACAGUGUUCAAUACCACUCUAAUCCCUCGACACCGAACCGAUUCUCGCCUCUGAACGUGGGCUCUGGCACCGCGGGCCGGACGGCGGCCUCAUCCUCGUCUAACAGCUUCACCGCCUGCCGGGGGAUGUCAUGGACGCCGUCCGAGACAAACGCUCUCAUCGCGGUGUGGGGCAACGAGAGGCUUACGGAGGCGAGGAUGCAGCAGCUGGAGGUCGCUGGAACCGUGUUCUCCGGGAAGCCACCUGGUCCUGCCAUGUACGAGCGGGUGUCCAGAGCCCUUUUGGACCUGGGGUACGACAGAACCCCGUCCCAGUGCAGGGAGAGGAUGAAGACACUGAGGCGCUGCUACAGCCGUGUGAAGGAACACGGAAUCGGGAAAAGAAAGAGCAGCUACACUUUGGAGCAGCUGGAGAAGGUGUUUGGCCAAGGAGGCUGGGACUCUCAGAGCUGCGCCCCUGUGCUCAUCAACAGCAGCGGGCUGUAUCAGGAGAUGGAGUCUAAUGGCAGCACCCUGGAAGACUUCUCCCAGGAGGACUGGUGCAACCAGGUGCUGGAUUCAGCUUUCCAGGAGGGAGACAUGGACACUGGUUUAGAAGACAUACAGGUGCCUAAAAGCAGAGCUCUACAGAUUCAAGCAGAAUUGUGUGAACUAACACAAAAAAGGGAGACGAUGCAAACCACGAUCCGCAUCCUGGAGUCUGUGCAGCUGAACUGGGAGCACUUCCAGACAUGGACUGAGUUCUCACGGCUGCACCUGUCCAAUAAACUGGCCAUCUUCGGCGUGGGCUACAACACGCGCUGGCGUGAGGACAUACGCUACCACUACGCUGAAAUCAGCUCCCAGGUGCCGCUGGGCAAGAGGCUUCGGGAGUACUUCAACCCAGAAAAGCCAGAGGGCCGGGUCAUCAUGACGAAAGUUCAGAAGAUGAACUGGAAGAGUGUUUACUACAAGUUCCUGGACAUUACCAUCAGUGAGGCGCGCUGCCUGGAGCUCCACAUGGAGGUGGACUGGAUCCCCGUGUCGCAGUCCCAGGUGAUGAGCAGCAGCAAGGUCUCGUCCCACUAUCUCCUUCCUGGUCAUAUCCCCAAGACACAUGGGUUGUAUGCCAUCGGCUAUGGGACACUGUCGGCUUGUAACAACCCAGCUCACACAUCUCUUCAGGCUGACGAGGAGGACAGCUGCAGCUUACCUCAGUGUGGGGGAGAAAACGGGUCAGAGCAGUGUGACGGAGAAACAGAGCAAGGUGUCAGGACUUGGCCAACAGUCACUUACUGCUACUUGGGCAUAGCUGAGGACAGGACCAUUCAGCAGUGCCUCUUCCAGCACUUUCAGGGAUCUGGGAAACACUACGCCUAUGGUGAGCCUUCCAGUGUGACACACUUCCUGCAGGAGAACUGUCGCAGUGCCAGAACAGGUCAGGACAGCGAAUGCAGCAAAGACUCACAACAAUGUUGCGCUAUUUAUGUCAAAUUCAUUGAGGUGGAGCUGGACUUCCUCUCAGCAGGCUCCCUGGUGGAAUGCCUUGAAACUGCUGUUGGUUACUCAUUGAAAUUCAACAACAAAGAAACGUUGUAACUACCCCUCAGUGUUCUACAUUUGGUUUUUGCAGUGGUGGUGGUGGCAGCAUCAUGCUGUGGGGACACUCCUCUGGUUACAGACCAGCAGCUUAAAAAAGGUUAACAGUUCUUGUCUCUUUUGAUUGUCAUGGAAACAUGCAUUGAAAUGUAAUGUUGAUUUGCUGCUAAAGGACGUAUUUAUUUAUCUGUCACCAGUUAAAGCUGCCCACCAUGAUAAGCUCAUGAAGAUGUGCUCAAGUUAUUUAAAAUACUUCAUCUUUCAGUUUGGAUGCAGCACUUAAUGACAUGUUUGUAACUUACAAAAUUUUCUGUCUCAGUAAAACAUUUCAUUAGACCCUCAAAGAUUGUGGCAGAAAUGUUGUACAGACCAGUCUGUAGAGCUGCAGCACUGACGACACCAGGACCUGGGUUUAUUUUGGAAAAUGGUGCACUAGAACUGUUCCACUGUUUGUUAAUGUGUCUGAUCAGGGAGAGCAGGGUUUGGGUAGGGGACUACACUGCAGUAUGCAUCUGUCUACCUCAGUAGGAUGUAGCAAACCAAGUGAGGGGACCGAGGUAUAUAUGUAUUUAGAAACUGCCUUCACUCUGACCGGUUUGAAUUCACAGAAUAUCUUUGGGUAGAGACUGAUUGAUGCCUUAUGCUUUGCACAUGUUACUGGCUAGCAGCAAGAGAUGGUUCCACUCAAACAACAGAGCAUAAGCAAUGGAAAUGAGACAUUCCUGUCCAGAUGGUGUUAGCCAGCAUUAACAUUAACAGAACAGGCCAAGGCCUGUAUGAAGAAGCAGGACUUCCAGCUUAUUUCAGGAUUUUCAGUGUUGCAUUGCUGGUUGUCUUCUUUCCUGGGUUUGUCACCAUGGUUUUGCAGCCUAGAAUCAUGUUCUCCAAACUUUUUAAGCUUCUGGCUCAUAAUAUAACAGCAGCAGUGGUCCACUGACCCAUUUCACUAAUUUAUAAUCCCAUUUCAUACCCAGUUGUUUCUAUUUUAUCCCUCCACCAUAUUCCAUUUUGUACCUGUAAACAAACCAUUUCAUACCCAUAUACUAAACUUUAUUUCUCUUGAUAGCUACCAUAACAAAUUAAGGAGAUAAAUAAUCAUAAAACGGUCAAAUAUCACAUAAAUUAAUGAAGCAAUUUAUGUUUCACAAUUAUUCCAAUGAUUGUGGCUCUGAUCAAUGUUUGGACCAGGCGACUCUCACUAAAUAUGAUAUAUUAUUACCCCUGAUCAUAUCAAAAUAACUCUGAGUGAUCUGUUGGUAGACAUUGUUUAAAGGAGUCAUAUAAGCACAUUUUGUUUUACAGAAAAUAACUUUAAUCAGUUGUUGGAGUAAUUAUGAAACAUGAAAUGACCAAAACUGGACAACAGAGACCUACAACUUUAAUGAAGCUUGUGCAGAUGUUUCCAGCAUCGCUAACAAACCCGUUAAACAUGAGCACAUCCACCAGAAAAACAACCUUCUAAUUAAAACUCCAUAUGUAGGAGCUCAGACCUCAUUUUACUCUCUGACUUACUCGUGUCUGAGUUAUCUCAUAGAAAACAGAAAAACCAUACUACAUUAGAUUAUAUUAGAUUUACAUUACAUUAGGUUUUCUAUUUUAGAGCCUCUAUAAUUCUAACUGUGUCAUGUCUCCAUAGAAACCAGCAGCAUAUGAAUGUAGUGAGACCAUGCUUUAAUGAUGAGACCUUUUAUAUAGGGGGUUAGUUAAGGCAGGUGUGUCAGAGAAGUCACUGGAUAGCUUGAAGCUGCCUUGUAAAACAAGGUAUGAAAAGAACACUUUUAAAAACAAAACCCAGCCUGCCCACCAGGAGGCGAUGUUUGCUUACUGCAGAGCUAUUUAAAAGCAAUUUUAUGCUGGCCUUGUGCCCUCUUGCAAUGUUUCUCAUUGCACUGAUGCACAUGAACAUACCGGAUUAGCUCACAGGUUAGUUUACUGCCCUGGCAGGGAUCUGACCUACUGCCAGAACAAACCCGGUUGGUGAUUCUAAGUAACCACCAGUAGUUUGGAGCAUCCCUUGCUGCAGGCAGCCACUGGAUGGUUUGUGAUGUAAUGAUGUGUUAUCAGUGAAUCCAAUGUGUUUCAAAAGCAGAGAAGAAAUGUUCGUUGUUUUCAGGAUGUUGUGUUUGCUCAGAAACCGGCCCAAAAGCACUGCGACUCAGUUAUGGCCAAUAAUAAAGCCUGAAUCCUAAGGUUAUGUGCAAUGUGUCAGGAAAGGACUGUGAUAAAGAACAAAACGUGGCGUGUCUAUAUGAAUCUAUGUAAUGUGAAAUCUACCAUAUAGCUUAUAUAAUGUAUUUUUAAGAACAUCAGUGUUCUUGAGCAUUCCAGUGAGAUUUAUUUGGUUGAACAUGAAAGAUAUCAAGAUCAAUGUGAUAUAUUUUACCUCAUGAUUAAUCAUGAUUAAUGCCAUGUACUGUCUGUGCUUGUUUCAAAGUCACCAUCUUGUCUGUUUACAUGUUCGAACAAUAAUAAAUGGGGAACUCUCUGUGGUUAA